UGAAUUUUUAUUCAUAUGUUCCAAGUUAUUUUCUUUUUCCUUUCCGAAGACGUGCCUCCACAUACACUGCACCUUCCUCUAACAAUUAUUGUUUUUUUUUCUUCCCUCUUUGUUUUCAUUGGCACGAUCCUAACACCAUUUUGUCAUCAUAUGCGUAGUCAGUGUUAGAAUAAAUCGUUAACGAUGGCUCCGUUAGUCAACUCUUCUUCGCAUUAAAAUCACUCCUCCGAUCUCUUAUUCCUCUCUUCUCCGGCGACUUUCAUACACCUUCGAAUCUGAAUGAGUUUGUGAGUGGAGGAGGAGGAGGGGGUCCACCAAUACCUGAGCCAGUGCUUUGUAUUUUUAUUUUAGUUUUUGAUCAAUUAGAAUAUAAACAACAAUGGGAAAAGCAUCCUCUCUGCUUCUGUCUCUCCUAGGUUUCGGUUUCUUUGUUGUCACAUACAAUCUUAUGACCCUUAUAGUCCACAAUAGAUCUGGUGUGAUGAGUAGUAGUCCACUUCUAGAUCCCGUUGUUCAGAUGCCUCACAGAAAGACCAAAAGCUCUCCUGCGGCGCCCUUUCACGUUGCAUUGACUGCUACGGACGCUCCUUAUAACAAGUGGCAGUGUCGUAUUAUGUAUUAUUGGUAUAAGCAGAAGAAGGCUCUUCCUGGUUCUGACAUGGGAGGGUUUACUCGCAUUUUGCAUUCAGGGAAUCGUGAUAACUUGAUGGAUGAGAUACCGACGUUUGUUGUUGAUCCUCUUCCUCCAGGUCUUGAUAGGGGGUAUGUUGUGUUGAAUAGACCGUGGGCGUUUGUGCAAUGGCUUGAAAGAGCUACCAUUGAGGAAGACUAUGUGCUGAUGGCAGAGCCUGAUCAUGUAUUUGUUAACCCUCUUCCCAAUUUGGCUGUUGGAGGAUACCCAGCCGCUUUUCCGUUUUUCUAUAUUACGCCUGAAAAGUACGAGAACAUAGUCAGAAAGUAUUAUCCUGUGGAGAUGGGGCCGGUUUCAAAUAUUGACCCGAUUGGCAAUUCUCCUGUUAUUAUAAGCAAGGAAUCACUUGAAAAGAUUGCUCCUACAUGGAUGAAUGUCUCGCUAACAAUGAAAAACGAUCCGGAUACUGAUAAGGCAUUCGGAUGGGUGUUGGAAAUGUACGGUUACGCAGUUGCAUCUGCUCUGCAUGGCGUGAGGCACAUACUUCGGAAGGACUUCAUGCUUCAGCCUCCAUGGGAUUUGUCUACCAAGGGGAAGUUUAUCAUCCAUUAUACUUAUGGAUGCGACUAUAACAUGAAGGGUGAGCUGACAUAUGGCAAAAUAGGAGAGUGGCGAUUCGAUAAGAGAUCACAUCUACGAGGUCCUCCUCCGAGGAACAUUUCCAUGCCACCUCCCGGUGUUCCAGAAAGUGUGGUGACUCUAGUGAAGAUGGUGAAUGAAGCUACUGCAAAUAUCCCUAACUGGGACACUCUCUAACUCGCAUCCACAAGACACAAAUCAUAGAAAGGACAACAACCCAUUACAGCUUAUUUUGCCAAAUGAAGUGAUUUGUUUUUUUCCUUUUACUUCUUUUCUUUCUGUUAAAUGAUGAACUCAAGAGUAAAUUAUGGAAUCUGGUUUCAGAAAAUGUUCAAGAAAUGGUUAGAUGAUAAUAUGAUGAUAGUUAGAUG